AUGCGUCUCACCCGCUGCCAGGCUGCCCUGGCAGCUGCCAUCACGCUCAACCUCCUGGUCCUCUUCUAUGUCUCAUGGCUGCAGCACCAGCCCAGGAACUCCCGGGCCCGGGGUCCCCGCCGUGGAGCUGCUGCCGGCCCCCGCGUCACCGUCCUGGUGCGGGAGUUCGAGGCCUUUGACAACGCGGUGCCUGAGCUGGUGGACUCCUUCUUGCAACAGGACGCAGCCCAGCCCGUGGUGGUGGCCGCCGACACGCUCCCCUACCCGCCCCUGGCCCUGCCCCGCGUUCCCAACGUUCGCCUGGCGCUGCUCCAGCCCGCCCUGGACCGGCCCGCCGCGGCCUCGCGCCCCGAGACCUAUGUGGCCACCGAGUUCGUGGCCCUGGUGCCCGACGGGGCGAGGGCCGAGGCACCGGGCCAGCUGGAGCGCAUGGUGGAGGUGCUCCGGGCGGGAAGGGCACGCCUGGUGGCCGCCCCCGUCGCCUCGGCCAACCCUGCCCGGUGCCUGGCCCUGAACGUCAGCCUGCGGGAGUGGACGGCCCGCUACGGCCCCGCGCCCUCCGCGCCCCGCUGCGACGCCCUGGACGGAGACGCCGUGGUGCUCCUGCGCGCCCGCGACCUCUUCAACCUGUCGGCGCCGCUGGCCCGGCCGGUGGGCACCGGCCUCUUCCUGCAGACGGCCCUGCGCGGCUGGGCCGUGCAGCUGCUGGACCUGCCGUUCGGCGCGGCGCGCCAGCCCCCCCUGGCCACGGCCCACGCGCGCUGGAAGGCGGAGCGCGAGGGGCGCGCGCGGCGGGCGGCGCUGCUGCGCUCGCUGGGCAUCCGCCUGGUGAGCGGGGAGGGCGGGCGCCUCGAGUGGUUCGGUUGCAGCAAGGAGACCCCGCGCUGCUUCGGGACGGUGGUGGGCGACACGCCGGCCUACCUCUACGAGGAGCGCUGGACGCCCCCGUGCUGCCUGCGCGCGCUGCGCGAGACCGCCCGCUACGUGGUGGGCGUGCUGGAGGCGGCGGGCGUGCGCUACUGGCUGGAGGGCGGCUCGCUGCUCGGCGCCGCCCGCCACGGGGACAUCAUCCCGUGGGACUACGACGUGGACCUGGGCAUCUACCUGGAGGACGUGGGCAACUGCGAGCAGCUGCGGGGGGCCGAGGCGGGCUCGGUGGUGGACGAGCGCGGCUUCGUGUGGGAGAAGGCCGUAGAGGGCGACUUCUUCCGCGUGCAGUACAGCGAGAGCAACCACCUGCACGUGGACCUGUGGCCUUUCUACCCCCGCAACGGAGUCAUGACCAAGGACACGUGGCUGGACCACCGGCAGGAUGUCGAAUUCCCCGAACACUUCCUGCAGCCUCUCGUGCCCCUGUCCUUCGCUGGCUUCGUGGCGCAGGCGCCUAACAACUACCGUCGCUUCCUGGAGCUCAAGUUCGGCCCCGGGGUCAUCGAGAACCCCGAGUACCCCAACCCUGCACUCCUGAGUUUGGCGGGAAGCGGCUGAAGCUCCAGCGCCCGCUCCUGGGGUCUGAAGAACACUCAUGCGCGGGGAGCUGCCCUUUGCUUUGGCGCCGUUGGCAUUUGGGGGGCGGGCCGGGGACGGGCCUGGACCUCGAAGACCUGCCCUGUGCAAGAUUUCCAAGAGCUUGGGUUUUAUUUAGAGCACGGACAGUCUUAUAAAGAGGAAAAAGUGUACGUUCUGCGGCUGGACUGCCGCGAUUAAAACCCCAGCUCUACCACUUACUAGUUGGGCGGGCCUGGGCGAGUGUCCCAGUUUCUGGGUGCGCAUCACUUUCCUCCAGGAUUCAGUGGGUGCCCUCGCAGCGUCUCGCUCGCGAAGAGCCCCGCAGGACUCUUGGUUGCUGGGGUUGCUUCCGCCACUAGAGGGCGCCUUUGUCCUGCUCUGGGGCCAAGGCCCGAGUAAGCCCAGGACCUCCCCGUUCCCGUAGCUUUCCUAACUCUUGAGCCUUUGGUCUCUCUAAUCCCCCCGUACCUGGAGGGACAGGAUGACUAUCUCCCUUCUUCCAGAAUGCGACCUCCUUGCCUCCUGGGAGAGCCCUGUGAGAUGCAUGCUGCUCUUAACCCCAUCUUACAGAGGAGGAAACAGGCUCAGCCCUGAGCUGCAGCCGUGGUUAAGAACCGAGUUCUGGAUGCCAGACCCACUCCAUAUUAACUGCGUUACCUCAUUGUUGUAGAGCUCUGCACCUGUUAGCCCACUUGCAAGGCGGGAUAAACAGCAAUCCUAGCUCACAUAACUCAGCACGUGUGAUGUGCCAGGCAUCCUUCUCGGUGUUGGACACGGAUUAACUGAUCAAUCUCUCACCUCAACCCUCUGAGGCGGGAGGGAGCUGCUAUUAUUUCCGUUUUACAGGUGAGCACACUGAGGCCAGAAUGGUAAAGUCACUUGCCCAAGGUCAGACAGCUUAGGAAGUGACAGAGCAGGGACUCGAACCCAGUCAGGCUGGAGCCCACACUGAAGUGGGAUAUUCUGCCCCUCUCUAGUAACUACAUGAGACGGGGGGUCCCGGGAGCCCGCACCACUUAGCAAGUGAAGCCAUGGCGGCCUUCCUUUUGUGAUCAUGCACCCAAGAAUAAGUGCUGUUUGGGCAAGUAUCCCAAAUGUGUGUAUUUAUUUAUAAAUUAUAUACAGGUACUACUAUUGUUCUGUAUAUUAGUAAUGAGGCUUAAAUUAUCCCAUUUUAAAAUUUAAAAUAAACUUAGAGGUUUAUUUUAACUGGCUCAUCUCAGUGACUUGUCCCGCACACCCCCUGGGUGUGUGCACCCAGCUUUUGGGACCAUGGAUUCUGAGGCGGGAGAGGCCUGGGGU